AUGAUAUUAAAGUGUAGAAAAAUAUUUUUUAUUUUAAUUAUCAGUGUCUUUCUUGUUACUUUUUUAAUAUGUCAAGAAGAUAAUACAAUAAUACCAUUAUGUAACUCAGAAGAACCACAGAUAUUAAUAGGAGAGAGUGUGAAAAAAAUUUUAAAAAUACCAAUGAAGGGUGAUGAAUAUUUGAGUGGUCAAAAUUGUUCAUUUUUAAUAAAAUCAAAUUCAAAAUAUAAUGGGUCAAGAAUAUUGAUAAAUUUUGAUUAUAUUGAUAUUGAAGAACCAAUAUUUGAAUAUUGUUCAGAUGUUAUUGAAUUAUAUUCUGGUGAUAAAAUAGACGAAAAUAAGUCAAUUAUAAAAUUUUGUGGUAGAACAACAUUUCCAUUACAAAUUAUAUCAAAUGAAAGUUCAUUAUUUUUUGUAUUUUUAACAGAUGACAUUGUUCAAAAAAGUGGUUUUCAAAUGUCAUAUGAAAUAUUUAAUAUUCCAGGAUGUCCACCAGAAUGGAUUCCAUCAAAUGAUGGAAAAAAUUGUUUUUAUAUUUCUAGUAAUCAUUUCUCUAGUUUAUCUUGGAUUGAUGCACAAGGAAUUUGUGAAAUGUCAAUAUCAAAUUUAAUGACAUUCGAAGAUUAUAAUGAUUAUCAAAUAAUUUCUGAAAUAAUUGAUACAAAAAAUGAAACAUUUUGGAUUGGAUAUCAAGAUUUUUCUAAAGAAGGAGAAAUAACAAGUAUAUCUGGAUUAAAAAAUACUAGUACAUGGAACAUACCAAAUAUGUUUAAUGACAAAACUAAAGAUUGUAUGACAUUAACAGUAAAUAAUUCUAAUAUUAAUACAUUUAAUAUGGUUGAGUGUAAUGAAAGACAUCCUUUUAUUUGUAAAAGAUCAUAUGAUAAACCUUAUACUAUAAAAUAUGGAAAAUAUUUUAAUUUACUAAAAAGACAAUCAUUUGAAGACAGUACUUGGAUAUUUUAUAUUUUUAUAUCAAUUACAGUAUUUUUCAUUUUAGUACUAUUAUAUUGUAUAUUAUUAUUUUGUAAACAACAUAAAAGAAAUAUACAAAUUAAUAAUUAUGAUCAAAAUCAAAUGUUGGUAAGCGAUAAUAAUAAUAAAGAAGAAAAAAAAAGUUUUAAUAGUAAGGUAGAAAACUGUAAAACACAAGAUGUUACAAAAACUAAAGUUAAAAGUAUAAAAAAUAAUGUUAACAAAGAAGAUGAAGAAGAAAAAUAUAUUUAUGGUAGUGCAAAGUUUGACAUGAAAGCUAAUCAACCAAAUUUUGUGGCUCAUUCAAGAACACAAACACCUAAUAUAAGUAAUAAUGAGAUAAAAAUAGUUAACAAUUCUGUUACCAAAAUAGAUGGUAAUGAAAGUUUAAAUAAUUCUUUGAUUUUAGACAAUAUAAAUUUGCCAAAUUCUAUACAAAAUGAUGAAAAAAAUAUUGAAAAUACAGUUGUUGAAAAUGAAGAAGAUAAUUUAAGUAAAGCUUCAAAAUUGAAUUUAUUAGGUACAAGUGAAGAAAAAAGUGAUGAUACAUUAGAUAAUAAUGAUAAAAAUGUUGAUAAUAAUGAUAAACAUGAAUUAAGUGAAAAAAAAGAAGAUGAAAAUCCAGUGACAAAAAUAUCAGAAGCUGCAGAAAUAGAUGAAAAAGAUAAACCUGGUCUUUCUUUAGUUUUAGAUAUUAAAAAGAAACAUUUUGAUCGGCCUCAAAUAUUAAGAAUCUCAAAUGCAUCCGCAACCAGUCUUGAUGAGUUCUGGAAAAAUGUAUAA